AAGAACGAGGGCGUUUGGGCGCCGCGAAAGAACAUCAUUCGUUCGACGCGAACACAUGAUACAUACAAUCCCUUUUUCUCUGUACGGAAAGCGAGAACCAGAAGGGGGGGAAAAAAAGCCGAUCGAACUAAGCGAAAGCGAGAGAUGGAAACGGGUGGCGGCGAUAUCUCCAGCCUGCCGGAAGAGUGCCUCUCGCACGUAAUCUCCCAGACGUCGCCGCUCGAUUCGUGCCGGUCGUCGGCGGUCUCCACCACCUUCUGCUCAGCCGCCUCUUCCGACACCGUGUGGGAGCACUUCCUGCCGUCCGAUUACAAGUCGAUCCUUUCUAGGGCCGUCCAUCCGGUGGAGUACGCGUCCAAGAGGGAGCUCUUUUUCCGCCUCUGCGAUCCCAUCCUCAUAGACGACGGCAAAAUAAGUUUCUCACUGGAGAAAUCGAGCGGUGCGAAGUGCUACAUGCUGUCUGCCAGACAGCUGUUUAUUGUAUGGGGGGAUACUCCCCAUUAUUGGAGGUGGCUUUCUCUACCCGAUUCCAGGUUUUCGGAGGUUGCUCAGCUGUUAAUAGUUUGGUGGUUGGAGAUUCGAGGCAAAAUUGAAAGCAGAGAGCUUACUCCUGAAACAACUUAUGCCGCCUAUCUCAUCUUCAAAGUAGAUCAGGCCGCAUCACAAGGUCUUGGCUUUCCAAAUCAGGAAACAACAGUGAAACUGGGAGCCCAGGUGUCCAAAAAUACUGUGAAAAUAAGCCCUGAUGAUGCUGAGACACAGAGGAACAGACAUAUGUUUAGGCGUUUCCUGAACUGGCGUGGCAUGAUGGUGCUUCCACUAGCUCAAGAUGCAGAGGAAAACAGCAAUGCAGCUAGAGCCCCUCGGGCAAGGGCCGAUGGCUGGAUGGAGAUGGAGAUGGGGGAAUUUUACAAUGAUAAGGGUGAGGAUGGGGAAGUGGAAAUGAGUUUGAUGGAAGUGGAAGGAGGGAAUUGCAAGUCUGGACUCAUCAUCCAGGGUAUUGAGAUAAGGCCUAAAAAGUAGGCAAAAGAGCUUUUAUGUGACGACGUUUGGAUUGUCAUUGUACAGGUAUUUGAGUUCUAAGCUGAAGUAGAUGAGUAAUUAUAAAUAAACCAAAAAUAUGGUAUGCUUUCUAUAGCUUUGCAUGUGAACAGGUAAGUGAUGGAAACUUUUUGAUUCCUUUUACCUUAUUAAAUGUCUUCUGGUCA